ACAGUACAGAUACAACUGCCUCGACUGUUUUCAACAUUUCCUGUUGUCUCAAGAUGGAGGAGGUGUAUGAUGCUGCAGAGGAUGACUGGGAUGAGGAUGAAGAUGAGGCCACUCAGUACAUGAUUGAACAGAGUCUACUGGAGUACAGCAAACAUACAGGUUCAGCUGCCAGUGAUCCAUUAGACCUCAUUGACCAUGAGGAGAUUUUCACUGCUAUACAAGCUGGAAAUGAGGAAGCUUUGAAGGUCCUGGUGCAGCGUAAGGAGGCUCUGUCGAAUGCAGACAGCAGGGGCUGGAUCCCUUUGCAUGAGGCAGCGGUGCAACACAAGAGAAGCAUUCUGGAGAUCACUUAUGCAGCAUCUCCUCAGGGCUCAGGGCAGUGCCGUACUCUAAGAGGGGAAACUCCAUUGUUUCUCGCUGUUGUCCACGGUCUCCGAGAGAAUGCUACAUUCCUGCUGCAGAACGGUUGUGACCCUGACUGCAAAAACGAGGAUGAUGACUCUGCAUUGGUUGCAGCCGUAAAGAAUGACCAGUAUGACCUGGCUCUGCUGCUGCUACGCUACAAUGCCACAGUGGACCAAAAAGGAAGUCUUCAAAGAACCGCUCUGCAUGAGGCAUCCGUGCUUGGCUUGGAUAACUUUGUAUACCUGCUCCUACAAUCUGGCGCUGACCCAAAUGCCAUUGAUGUCUGUGAACACACUUCUUUGGGACUUGCGGCUCAAGCUGGACAUUUUAACGUUGUGGAGGUUCUACUUCAGAAAGGGGCCAGUGUGUGGUCCAAGCCUCAUCUUCCAGGUUCAGCCUCAGUUUUAUUCGAUGCUGCGGCUUCAGGAAACCCUGAUAUCAUCUCACUGCUGCUGGAGUAUGGAGCCGAUCCCAACGUGCCCGCCAACACAGGCCAUCUCCCCAUCCACCGUGUAGCCUACCGUGGCCAUCUACUGGCACUGGAGCAGCUGAUCCCUGUGACUAAGAAAGAGGUGAUCAAAGAGAGCGGCAUGAGCCCGUUACACUCCGCCGCUGCGGGCGGUCACUCUCAGUGCCUGGAUCUACUCCUGAGCUCCGGGUUUGACCCUAACUUCAUGUUACACCCUAGAGUGCGCAGAAACUAUGAGGACGAGCGCAGGUCAGCGCUGUUCUUCACUGUAACGAAUAAUGACGUCCAGUCAGCGAGGCUGCUUCUGGAGGCCGGAGCCAUGCCCAAUCAAGACCCAGUCAACUGCCUUCAGGUGGCCAUGAGACUGGGCAACUACGAGCUCAUCAACACUCUGCUACGCUACGGUGCCAAUGUGAACUACUACUCUCGUGUCAACACCACCCACUUCCCUUCCGCCCUUCAGUACGCUCUAAAGGAUGAGGUGAUGCUGCGCAUGCUGCUCAAUAACGGUUAUGACGUGCAGCGCUGCUUUGACUGUCCGUAUGGACAGGCCUCACAUGUUCCCGUGGAUUACGAGGGCUGGAGCGCCUCGGUCAUCAAAGACGUGGUGUUCUGUGAGGUGAUCACAGUGUACUGGCUCAAGCACAUCUCAGCUCAAGUAGUGAGAAUCAUGUUGGAUUAUGUUGAUCACGUGACUCUCUGCUCCAAACUGAAGACUGUUCUGGUUGAGCAAAAACAGUGGCCAGAAAUAUGUAAGAUUCAAGAAAACGCUCGAAGCCUGAAGCAUCUCUGCAGACUGAAAAUCCGUGAAUCUUUGGGUCGCUUGCGUCUGAGGGCUCCAGUUUUUAUCAGUUUCCUGCCUCUGCCUGCCAGUCUUAAAGACUAUAUUCGCUUCAAAGAGUAUGACGUUUACAGUAGAGGAAGUAUGGCAGAAUAAGAGUAAAACUAGAUGGAUAAAUCUGUAUAUGAGAAGCUGCUGAUGGAUAUGCGUUUUUUCCCCCACAUUUUAUUGAGAAUCAGAAUCAACUUUAUUGGCCAUGUUUGCAGAGACAAACUAGAAAUUUGACUUGGUAACGACAGACUCUCAAGUUAAAACACUCAACUGCAACAGGCUACAACACUCACAAAAACACAGACAUAAAUAAAAAAAUUAUAUUGAAAAUUAAAAUUAAACAAUUAAAUUUUCACAAUACAGUGACAAUUAAAAAGUGCAGGGGGUAGAGGGGGGUAGUGCAAUAUCAGUAUUGUCUUAGAAUAUUUGUUAAAAAAAAAAAAAUUCAUAAACAUGGGGCCACAUUGAAAAUUUGUGAUUUUAAAUUUAAUUUAAAUUUGGAAAGACAGAACUUUAUGAUUUUGGCUCAUUUAAAACUUGAAAUGGUUUCACUUUAUUUUCAUGGCCCCUUUAACGCAUUAAGUAACGUGCGACAUAUCAACUAACUUUCAUUAGAGUAUUAGUAGACUCUUAGGGUUAGAAUAAGUUGCAAAGUGAUUUAUAGUGUGUUGGGGGAGCAUCACAAUAAAAUGUUAGUAGAUAUUAAAGGGUUAGUUCACCCCAAAAUUAAAAUUCUGUCAUUAUUUACU